AGGGCAGGAUUACGAAUUGUGAGCGAAUGUUUCCAUGCAUGACAGUCGGAGCCGAAUGAUGUUUUAAUGGGAAUGUCGAGAGAAUAUCGUCUGAAAUAAAAGCCCGUCAAAAAGAAAAAGCCGAAAAGAAGUUGACAAGAUGAACACGACGGCGGAUAGUAAAAGGAUGCAGGACCUUCCACCGAAAGGAGGUUACGGUCCUAUCCAGACGGAAAGAAUAAAAUUACGCAGUAUUUUAGGCACGAAGAGUGUAAUUGGGUUUCUUCUAUUCAGCACUUUCGGCGGACUCUAUACUUAUUAUCUAAGUUACAAGAACGUUAAGCGACAACAAAUCGAAAUGAGAAGCGCUAAACUCGCUAUAUUCCCAUUGUUGAUAGCAGAACGAGAUAGAGCUGUCCUGAAACAAAUGAGACGUAAUCGUGAUGUAGAGGCAGAAUUGAUGAAGAAUGUCGAAAGAUGGGAAGUUGGAACAUAUUAUGGAGAACCAAUAUUCUUCCUGGAUGACUCAAAUCAAUAUAGAGAUCCAUUAUUUCUGGAACAUUUUGUAUUUUCUGAUCCAAACGAGGUUAUGACCCGAUCAAUGCGUCCUUUCUUUCUAUAAGAGUAUCAUUGAUACUUAAAAUAACUAGAUUCUGGUAAUCUAUGGGUCAUAAUACAACAACUUGAAAAAAUAGUCAGUUAAUAAGAAUGGUAAUUAUUUUGAGUUGUUAUGUAUGAAUGAUAUCUUAGAACUAUAAAUCAUAAUAAAAUUAUAAUGUAAUAUC